AUGGCGACGGAGGAGGCACCGGCGAAGCCUGCGUGGCUGAACCCCUCGCUUCUACGCGACCAGCAACAUGCUUUGUUGGUGCUGUUGCAGGCAUCUCUGGCCGUGCUGAAGGAUGCCCAGGUUCCCUGCUGGCUGACAGGGGGAUCGCUUCUGGGAGCCCUUCGCCAUGGCGGCUUCAUCCCUCACGAUGACGAUGUGGACCUGGAAGCCCUGGAGGCAGACCUGACAAAGAUUGAGGCCGCCUUCGAAGGGCGAGCACCGCUGGCCUUUCGGCGCGGUGGCCGCUGGAACACGACACCCGUCGCGCAUGUCGGCCUGAGGUCCGGCCCAACGCAGGACUGCGAAGUGGAGCUCGACAUCUUCCUGCGCGAGGAGCCCCUACAGGCCGAGAAGGAUUUUCCGUCUGCAGAGGAGAUCUUCCCACUCUGCACCAUCGAUUUCCAUGGCAUCCAGGUGCCGGCUCCGGGUCGCCCCGAGCCAUUCCUGCAGCGGCUCUACGGCGUGGACUGGCAAAGUACCGUUCGCGUGUGGAGCCAUGACUUCAAUCCAUUCCACAGCCUCGCGCACGAUCCGGAACGCGUGAGUAUGUCUUUGGAUGCCUACACCGAGAUGGUCACUGCGGCCGGCUACCAGAGCCCAAGGACGAGCGCAGACCCCUGGGAGGCUCUGAGACUUCUCGAAGGCGCUGGGGUCCUGCUGGCGCUGCGAAAGAACCGCGAAGAGACUUGGUUGGAGAAGCUGCAGAGGCGCAAUCGCGAGCAGGCGGAAGCCAG